UUACCAAUGCGGAGACAAAAGUUCACAAAACAAAAUAAAAUAACCAAAAAACAAAUUUGAUAUAAGAUAAAAGGAACCAAUAAAUACCUGUAACUAGCAGAUGGAGGAGAAUAGCUAUCGAUUUUUUUUUUAUAAAUAUGUGGACAGAUUUUUCUUUCCUUUUUCUUCAAGGAUAAAACUGCAUCAUAAGCAUCAUAGCAUGCAACUCACUAUGAGCCUUUUUGCAGAAGCAUUAACUAGCAUGUAACUAUCAAUGAUUAAGUAUGCCUAUCAAUGUACUGAAUUUCGAGGUAGGGCCUUUGGGCGUUGAAAGGUCAAAGAGAGAGAGAGAGAGAGAGAGAGAGAGAGAGAGAGAGAGAGAGAGAGAGAGAUUUCUCAAUGUACUGAAUUUCUUAGGAAAAUCCAUUACGAUAGAUGAAAAAAAAAUGGUUCUUAGAUUUUGAACAGCGCUUGUUAUUCAGACAGAAAUAGCGCUUCGAGAGGCGAGAGAUUCACUCUAAAUCAGAUCAAGGAAUGGGUCGACCUCCACACGGUGGAGGCCCUGCCUUCCGUUUCACCUCCACUGAGGUGGUGGAGAUGGAAGCAUGUUUGCAAGAAGUCAAUAAUGCAAUACGUGCCCGUGAGACCAUCUGCUUGCUUGCAGAAAAGUUCAGUGCGUCUGCAGAUAGAGCUGGGAAGAUUGUUGUGCAACCUAAGCAGGUGUGGAACUGGUUCCAAAACAGAAGGUAUGCUCUACGGGCAAAGUUAAUUAAGGCUCCUGGGAAGCUAAGCAUUUCUACGAUUCAGGAUGAUUCAGUUCCACUGAGAAAUGCACCAAUUUCUGUUCCUUCAGGAAGGCAUGCUUUAGAUAAAACUCAGAUGGAAUUUGAAGCCAAAUCAGCAAGGGAUGGAGCAUGGUAUGAUGUUUCAACCUUCAUUUCUCAUAGAAUGUUUGCUACGGGGGAUCCAGAAGUUCGGGUUCAGUUUUCAGGGUUUGGCGCAGAGUAGGAUGAGUGGAUUAAUGUGCGCAAGUGUGUGA